UAGCAGAGCCCUGCAGACAGAAGCAGCUGCAGACCUACUUCAGAAACUAAAAUCAUCUAUAUUUUAAUCCUUGGAGAGAAACUGCAUUAUUCUAUGGAACCACAGUCUAUUCUCCACUAAGACUUAGGAAGGAAAACUCUUAUGAUGUGGAUUCAGGGUCUCCACUGUUCACAUGCACCAGGUGACAACACAUGUGUUCAAUAAAAUGAACAUCAUAAUGAGCCAGCUGUUAAUUCUGCUGUUCUUUGGACCGUUUUGUUUGUCUGCACCUCGACUUUCGGAAAGGGAUGACUGUCUGUUGGAAAACAGCAGACUGCGAGAGACAUUGAAAACACUCCAAGAUUUAUCCCAGCUCUAUGAAUUCCAGCUGAAUGAUCUCCUGGGGAACAAUUACCACAGACAAAUAAGCAACGUUUUCUCUGCCAGGGUGCCAUCUCCACAAAACACAUCUUUGCCCACAACCGGUGGGAGCCUCUUAGUCUAUGAUCAAGAUUGUGCAAUGGUGUUCAACCGUGGAAAAACUGAAAAUGGAUACUACCGAAUUAGACCCAGAAUGGAUAAGGAACCCUUCCUUGUGUACUGUGAUAUGUCAGAUGGUGGAGGAUGGACAGUGAUCCAACGGCGGAGCAAUGGCAAGGAGAAUUUCUUCAGGUGUGAGUUGCCUCAUUGCAGACUGUGGGAAGAAUACAAAGAAGGGUUUGGAGAAUUCCAGAGCAAAGGCGAUGAGUACUGGUUGGGUAAUGAUAAAAUCUAUGACCUGCUACUUCGAGGAGAAAACUCGCUGAAAAUAGACCUGAUGGACUGGCAUGGGGAAAAACGAUACGCAAUUUAUGAAGACUUCCAGCUCAAGAAUGAGACGGACCACUACAGAAUAUCCUUUGGUACCUUCUCUGGGACUGCUGGGGAUGCUUUGUCUGGAGGGAGUAACUUUGAUCAACAGUGGUCUGCAUCACUCAAUGGGAUGCCUUUCUCGACUUCUGACAGGGACAAUGACAGGUUCCUAGCUGGCAGCUGUGCACAGGAGAGCAGGAGUGGCUGGUGGUUCAAUAGAUGCCAUGCAGCAAAUCUCAAUGGAUUAUAUUAUAAGAAAGGGAAAUACACUGCUUCCUCUGACAACGGAGUGGUUUGGUCGACGUGGCGAGGGCUGUGGUAUUCCCUGAAAUACACAGCCAUGAAAAUAAGGAUCCCUUCUUUUGUGGAUGGAGAGAGUGGAGAUGGUGAAGCCAACUGAGACAGUUCAUCCACUCAUCUUUGAAAAAAGACAAGUGCCAUGCCAAGAAAGAGAGAGCGAGAGCAUUUGUCAGUCAGAAUCAACUUAGUUAUAUGUUGCAGUACGCAAACUGCGGCAGUUGCUUCAAAAUGCAUGCAGUAAAUAAAGUAUGCACUAAGGUGCAUAUCCCAUGUUAUCUUUUCCUUUACAUUUCCCAUUACCAUUUUAUCCCUGUGCCUGACAAUGGAAAUUGGCUUCCCUGUUCUGCGCACAUAACUGCCAAGGAGACAUUUCUUCCUCGGGAUGGGUUUUUUUGUUUUUUUUGGUUGUGUCAGGAGUGACUUGCGAAACUGCAAGUUGCUUCUGUUGUGAGAGAAUUGGCCAUAUGCAAGGACAUUGCCCAGGGGACGCAUUUAAGUUUGAUGUUUUACCAUCUUGUGGAAGACUUCUAUCAUGUCCCCGCAUGGGGAGACAGAGCUGAGAGAUGGGAGCUCACCCUGCUCCCCGAAUUCGAACUACUGACUUUUGGUUCAGCAGUCCUACCAGCACAAGGGUUUAACCCAUUGCGCCACUGGGAGCUCUGGGAUGGUAGUGAGGCAGAGCCACUGAUCAGCCUCGCCUUGGAAGGCAGGCUUCACUCUCAACCAGGGAUGAGCAGUUGUGACAUUCCAGAUGUUUUGUCUGAUAACUCCUGUAUCAGCUCUACCCGGCACUGCUAAUAGUGACAGAUUAAAACAUCUGGAAAGCUAUAAUUGCUGUAGGCACAGGGCACAGUGCCAGCUUGUGGGUAUCCUUUUCUGUAAACAACAAAACCAACAGGCUCAUGAUAACUCCAGUUAGGAAAUAGACAGGUCAAUAUUAUUCCCCUCAUUUAGAAUUUCUACAGUAUUCCCAACACUAAUUUGCUUUGCUAAAAAGAAAAAUAUGUUGAAAAUGUUUUAAGGGAAGGAUGAAUUCUAGGCGUAACAUCUGUAAAUUUAACAAACCAGGUCUUGUUCAGGACCUCGCUAGGCCAUUUCCAGCAAAAAAAGGGGGGGGGGGAUAGUUUUUCAAAAUGACGAAGUUGUCAUGUCCCAAGGAAAAACCUUCUCAAUACUCCCAGCAACCUGCUUCGGAUAUAAUAAGCAUGAGAACUGUGUGGCUCUCCAGAUGUUGGACUGUGAUUCCAGGCAACCCUAGCCAACAUUGCUAAUGAAGAGAGAUGCUGGGAGAUGUAGUCCAGCUUCAUCCGCAUGGCUGCAUGAGCCCUACCCAGAACAUGUGCUGAUUCUAUAUUUGAGUCCUUCUCUUCAUGCGCCUUUAAGUUUUUGUUGUAUCUUCUCAAACUGAGAAAGAAAGAAAAACUGGGAUGUCUUCAAUGGAUGCCUAAUGAAACAGAAGCUAUGCAUUUUUGCAGAAAAUUUCAAAAAUUUGUAUUCUAUGUAAAUAAGGUUAUUUGUUUAUAUUUGAAACCACAAUACUUAAAAAAAUACCAAAAGCCUAUGAGUCCAGUAUGGGUGGAAUAAAUGCUGGAUGUUUUCUUAGCCUUCUACCAAAAAAUGAACAGUGAUACUGAUUUUGAAUUCAUGUAAAAAUGAUCAAGUGCCUCAUCAUAAUCCACGCUGAAUGAAAUAGCAUAAAGAUGUUAUCACAGGAAAAUCAUGAUUACAUAUAAUAAAUACAAAACAGUGUGAAGUUA